AUGGAAUUUUUGGAUAGGCUCAAACCUCAUGUACAUAUAAUCAUACUAUGUAUAUGUUGGUACACAAUUUCCUCACUGGGGUCACAGGUAACUAAAAAGAUCUUAACGGUUUGUCCUCUACCAUUAUUUUUAGGUGAAUUCCAAUUCAUUUAUACAGCGUUGCUAGCAGCCAUAUCAUGUUAUGCAGCCUCAAGAUCUAAUUCCAUUUAUGAAAUAUUCCCGGUGGGUACUUUUCCUGACAAGGCAGCAAAAGUUAUUAUUACAAAGCCAUCAAGACAUAUAUUUGAAACAGUAUUACCAUUGGGUUUAUUCCAGUUCGUAGGUAAAUAUUUUGGCCAUACAGCUACAUCACUAGUCCCUGUAUCUACUGUAGCAAGUACAAAGACUUUAUCUCCUGUAUUUAUACUACUAUUUCAAAAAUUAUUAAGAAUUAAGACAUUAAGAUUUACCGGGGUGUUGUCCUUCAGUCUCAUAUCGUUGAUUUUGGGAGUAUGGAUAAUCGUCAGAGAAGACAGUAAAUUUCAUAGAACUUCUGUAUCUGACGGUGAUGGUUAUUCUACUUAUGGUGUAUUUUGUGCGAUAGUCUCAAUGUUUAUCUUCGUAUUCCAAAAUAUUUACGGUAAGAAAGUGUUUACAUUCAAAUCAAGUACUUUGAAGCUUGAUAAUUUACAUAGGGAAGAAUCUCCGUUGCCGUUAUAUUCUGGUAAGAAGGUCGAAAGUAAGUUUAGACCGGUUCUUCCUGCUCAAAAAUAUGACAAAUUGACCCUAAUGAUAUAUAUCUCUACAGUAGGCUUCAUGCUGUCGUUAGGUUGGUUUUUGACAUUAGAAUUCCCUGUGUUAGUAAGAUACGUGAUAUACGAAGAAAAAAUUGACAAAAUUGAAUACAUUCCAUGGAAACUUUUCUUACUGAAUGGUACUUUACAUUUCGUGCAAGCUAUGGUGACAUUCCAUCUAUUAGGUGAAUUAUCAACUUUAACGUAUUCAAUCGCAAAUCUAAUGAAAAGAAUUGCAAUUAUUUCUGUCAGUUGGAUAAUAGCAUCAAGAUCGAUCAAUUACUUACAAGUGUUUGGUCUUCUAAUCAAUGCACUUGGUUUAUUUUUAUAUGAAAGAUGCAGUAAUGAACAAAAGUUACAAAAAUUGCGUCCAGAAUAG